AUGGCUAAUUCCAAUUCUGAAUCAAUAUCUACCGAUGAUACCAAUCCAAGCUGGAUCUAUGAUGUGUUUUUGAGUUUCUGUGACAAGGACGCUGCUAAAUCUUUUGCAUACAAUCUUCGUACUGCUCUCCCGGUGGCUGAAAUUGUUGUUUUCAGGGAUGACGACAAGCUUAGAAAUCAAGAUCAGAUGAUAACACCCUCAGUUCUGCAUGCAAUUGAAAGGUCUAGAAUUUCUAUUGUUGUUUUCUCAAAAAAUUAUACUGAUUCAACUUGGUGUCUGCAAGAGUUGGACAAAAUAAUGGAGUGUUACCGAACUAGAGAUCAGAUGGUUGUGCCUGUGUUCCACGAUGGUGAAGGUAUGCUUGAAGAAGCUUUUAACGAUCUUGCACUAAGAAUCUUGAUGAAAGAUGAAUCCAUGUGCGAAGGUUUUAAAAUUUCAGGAUUUGAUGUGGAUUCCAGGAACGAAAGUGAGGAUAUCAAGAAAGUAGUAGAACAUGUUGCUAGUUUGCUUGACAAAACAGAUUUAUUCGUUGCUGACCAUCCGGUGGGGGUAGAUUCUCGUGUUCAAGAUGUUAUUCAACUAAUGAACAGUCAAGAAUCAAAAGACCCUGUACUAAUUGGAAUAUGGGGCAUGGGAGGGAUUGGCAAAACGACAAUUGCAAAAGCUGUUUAUAAUAGAAUUCGUCACAAUUAUGAGGCAAAUAGCUUCCUCCUAAAUGUCUCAAAAAUUUGGGAACAAGAUAAUGGCAAAGUUUCUCUACAACAACAACUUCUUUCUGAUAUCUAUAAAACAAAAAAAAUAACGAUGGAUACAAUUGAAUCAGACAAAUUGAUAUUACAAGAAAAACUUUGCCAAAAGAAGAUAUUUCUGGUGCUUGAUAAUGUGAUGGAAUUGGACCAAUUGAAUGCUCUGUGCAGAAGUCCCAAAUGCUUUGGUCAAGGAAGUAAAAUAAUCAUCACAACAAGAGAUCUACAACUACUUCGUGCUCAUUGCGUUAGCCAUGUAUAUCAAAUAAGUACAAUGAACCAAUACGAAUCUCUUCAACUCUUUAGUUGGCAUGCCUUCAAGGAACCAAGUCCUAUGGAUGGUUUUGCUCAUCUUUCUAGAGAUAUUAUUGAGUACUCCGGGGCACUGCCGCUAGUUCUUCAAGUCAUCGGGUCCUUUUUGUUGACUAGGCGAAGCAUAACAGAGUGGAAGAGUGUAUUAGAGAAACUAAAACGCAUUCCCCAUGACAAUAUAUUUGAGAAGCUGAAAAUAAGUUAUGAUGGUUUAAGGGAUACUGAUAUGAAAGAGAUAUUCCUUGAUAUUGCUCUUUUCUUUAUUGGGGUGGACCAGAAAGCAGCAACUAAAAUAUUGAAAGACUCUGGGCAUUUUGUAGAUACUGGAAUGAGUGUCCUUGUACAACAAAACCUUGUAACUGUUGAUCGGAAGAACAAGAUUGGAAUGCAUGAUUUGCUACAAGACUUAGCAAGUGAGAUCGUAAGGAGAAAGUCAGAGAGUGUGGCUAAGGAAAUGACCUACGACGUGUUCUUAAGUUUUAGAGGGAAAGACUGUCGGGCAAAAUUCAUUUCACAUCUCUAUACCUCCCUUCAAAAUGCAGGGAUUUAUAGUUUCAUAGACGAGGAUGGGAUUCGACGAGGAGAUCAGAUCUCAUUCUCAAUUUUGAAAGCAAUAGGACAGUCUAGAAUCCAUAUUGUUGUUUUGUCUAGUAACUAUGCUAAUUCAAGAUGGUGUAUGCUAGAGUUGGAGCAUAUCAUGGAUGUCAGAAGCAAUAGUGUGGUGGUUAUACCAGUGUUCUAUGAGGUAGAUCCCUCAGAAGUACGACACCAAGCUGGCAAGUUCGGAGAAGGUUUUAAAAAUCUCAUAUCAAGAUUCUCAGUGGAUGAAUAUAGGAAGAUGAAUUGGAAAGAAUCUCUCCUUAAAGUUGGUGGCACAUCAGGAGUUGUCGUCAUAAAUUCCAGGAAUGAAAGUGAGGAUAUCAGGAAAGUAGUAAAUGAUGUUACCAAGUUACUAGACAGAACAGACUUAUUCAUUGCGGAACAUCCCGUGGGGGUUGAAUCUCGUGUACAAGAUGUUAUUCAACUACUAAACAGCCAACAAUCAGAAGAUUCUCUACUGAUUGGGAUAUGGGGAAUGGGAGGAAUUGGCAAAACAACCAUUGCUAAAGCGGCUUAUAAUAAAAUUCGUCACGAUUAUGAGGCGAAAAGCUUCCUCCUAAAUGUCAGGGAAUUUUGGGAAAAAGAUAAUGGCCAAAUUUCUCUACAGCAACGACUUCUUUCUGAUAUUUACAAAACAACGAAAAUAAAGAUAGAUACAGUUGAAUCGGGAAAAAUGAUAUUACAAGAAAGACUUAGGCAGAAGCGGAUAUUUCUUGUGCUGGACGAUGUGAAUAAACUGGACCAAUUGAAUGCUUUGUGUGGAAGUCACAAAUGGUUUGGUCAAGGAAGUAGAAUAAUCAUCACUACAAGAGACAAUGAUUUACUUCACGGGCUUAAGGUGGACCAUGUAUAUAGAAUGAAAACAAUGAACGACGAUGAGUCUCUUCAACUUUUUAGUUGGCAUGCCUUUAAGGAACCAAGCCCUAUUAAUGGUUUUGCUGACCUUUCUAGAGAUUUUAUUAAGUACUCUGGGGGAUUGCCGCUAGCUCUUCAAGUCAUUGGUUCCUUCUUAAUGACCAAGAGAAGAAAAAUAGAAUGGAAGAGUGUAUUGGAGAAACUCAAACUCAUUCCCAAUGAGGAAGUUUUAGAAAAACUUAGAAUAAGUUUUGACGGUUUAAGUGAUUAUGAUAUGAAAGAAAUAUUUCUUGAUAUUGCUUUUUUCUUUAUUGGGAUGGACCAAGGAGAUGUGACUAAAAUAUUGGAAGACUGUGGGCAUUAUGCAGGUAUUGGAAUAAGUGUUCUUGUUCAAAGAAGUCUUGUAACUGUUGAUACGAAGAACAGGAUUGGAAUGCAUGACUUGCUACAAGACAUGGGAAGAGAGAUCGUCAAUAAGAAAUCAAGAGAGGGAAACCAGGAUCCUAGUAGGUUAUGGCGUUACGAGGAUGUGAAAUCUGUGUUGUCAAAGGAUACUAGAACUUUAGAUGUUAAGGGACUGACUUUAAAGAUGUCAAGAAUGGACUCCACAACUUAUUUGGACUCUAAAACAUUUGAGAAGAUGGAUAAGCUUAAAUUACUUCAACUUGCUGGUGUAGAAUUUAAUGGAGAUUACAAAUAUAUUUCAAGAGAACUUAGAUGGCUUUGUUGGCAUGGGUUUCCUUUAAAAUAUACACCAGCAGACUUUCAUCAAGAACGUUUAGUUUCUGUUGAUUUAAAAUAUUCCAAUCUGGAACGAGUAUGGAAGAAGUCUCAGUUUCUGAAGGGGCUGAAAUUUCUUAAUCUUAGUCAUUCUCAUAACUUGAGACAAACUCCAGACUUUUCAAACUUGCCAAAUCUUGAAAAGUUGAUACUCAAAGAUUGUCCAAGUUUGUCCUCACUUUCUCCUACUAUAGGACAUCUCAAGAAAAUUCUUUAUAUAAAUUUGAAAGAUUGUACAGGCCUCCGUGAACUUCCAAGAAGCAUCUAUAAAUUGAAGUCGUUAAAAACUCUCAUUGUGUCUGGAUGUACAAAAAUUGACAAGUUGGAAGAGGAUAUAGAACAGAUGACAUCUUUGAUCACCCUGGUUGCGGAUAACACUGCUCUAACAAGAGUACCGUUUGCAGUAGUAAGAUCAAAAAGCAUUGGAUAUAUUUCCUUGUGUGGAUUCAAAGGAUCCUCGCGUAAUGUAUUUCCUUUAAUUAUUCAGUCUUGGAUGUCUCCGACAAACGGUAUCUUGUCCCUAAUUCAAACAUUUGCAGGCACAUCAUCUCUUGAAUUCUUAGAUAGCUUCUAUGGUCUGCCAUCUAUUGUUAAAGAACUUCCGAAUCUUCAACGUCUUUUGUUGAAAUGCGAGUCAGACACUCAACUAAAUCAAACUCUAGCAAGUAUUCUCGAUAACUUACAUACCCAAAGUUGUGAGGAAUUGGAAGCAAUGCAAAACAAACCACAAUCCUCAAAUUUCGUGACUUCGGAAUCAACUCAUUAUUUCAGUCAAGUUCAAAUUUCAAGCUCACAAAAAUCCUUGACAUCACUUUUGAUUCAGAUGGGAAUGAACUGCCAUGUCACUAAUACUCUUAGAGAAAACAUUUUACAGAAAUUGCCUCCUAAUGGAUCUGGUUUACUCCCCGGUGAUAAUCACCCUGAUUGGCUAGCCUUCAAUGAAAAUGGUUCUUGUGUAACUUUUGAAGUACCUCAAGUGGAUGAGCGUAGUUUAAAAACAAUUAUGUGCAUUGUCUAUUCUUCUUCUCCAGAUGAUAUUACAUCAGAAGCAGUAGAAGGCCUUAAAGUUUUGGUGGUGAUAAAUUGCACAAAGAAGACCAUUCAGCUGUAUAAGAGAGACGCAUUAUUAGCCUCCUUUGAUGAAGAGGAGUGGCAGAAAGUAGUGUCAAGUACAGAACCAGGUGACAUAAUGAAAGUUAUUGUUGUUUUUGGAAGCAAAAUCGUUGUGAAGAAGACAACAGUUUAUCUUAUCUAUGAUGAACCAAUUGACGAAAAGACAAAGCACAGCCCUGAGUCAGAUAAGAAUAUUAUUGUUUCUCGUGGUGAUGGAAAUAUAUUUGGUAGACUCUUCUUCAGACUUCCUUCCCUUGUUCAAGCCGCUCUGUUUACACGACCUUUCUGGUUCUGUUUGGCUGUUAUGCUGGUUUGUGGACUCGCUUUUAUUCUAACAAACGCAGAAGUUUAA